AUGGAAAACAACGGAGGCCAACCGCGUCCGCUUCAAUUGGGUGCCAAAGGCGCCUAUAUCGUCAGGUUGUUGAUGGUCGGAGAUUCGGCUUGUGGAAAGACGUCCUUAGUGUUACGGUUUGACCAAAAUGUCUUUUCGACAAAGUUUGUAACGACGAUAGGUGUUGACUACAGAGAUAAAAUGGUGAAGAUCGAGGGCGCCCAAAUGCGGUUGCAGCUCUGGGACACAGCAGGGCAAGAGCGCUUUCGUAGUUUGACUUCGAAUUUCUUUGGCCGUGCCGAUGGUUUUGUACUCACUUACGAUAUUUCUAAUCGCCCUUCUUUUGACCAUGUCAUCGGGUGGAUGCGAGAUAUCAAAACUAGAGCACCACCGGACUGUGACAUUGUCCUAUGCGGAAACAAAAGUGAUCUUGACAACGACCGGGUCGUCACGUACGACGAGGGCAAGCUGCUUGCGGACGAAUACGGUGUGCAGUUCUUUGAGACUUCAGCCCUGACGGGUCACAACGUCGAAAGAACGUUUACAGCACUUGCGACGACCAUCAAGCACAAGAGAAUCGAUGAAUUCGAAGGCACCCCUUCCAUUCGAGGAGCUCCGAGUACAGACAGUGCUUCCGCUGCUGGAGAUCAUCGAACGGUGAAUUUGUCGUCAGCUGGUGAAAAAAGGGAGGGACAAAAGCCUGGAUGUUGCUAA